CUGGUUUUUUUACUGCACCCUUUUUUUUUUCUUUCAUUUUCCUACCAUGUCACGUAUGCUUGCAAACUUGAGAAAGCCGCUUCUCAACACGAACAAUGGCGUGUAUCGUCGAGCACUUGCUUCCAUGACCAAUUUGUCACCAACACUUCGUAAAACUAUCUUGCCCAAUGGCUUCACAGUUGCAACCGAAGAAAAUCCUGCUUCUCAAACGGCUACCGUGGGCGUUUGGAUUGACGCUGGAUCCCGUGCUGAGAAUGUGCAAAACAACGGUUCGGCUCACUUUUUGGAGCACAUGGCAUUUAAGGGCACACGCACACGAUCGCAACGAGAUCUCGAAUUACAGAUCGAGAAUAUGGGCGGUCAUUUGAAUGCCUACACUUCCCGAGAACAAACAGUGUACUAUGCCAAGGCAUUCAAAUACGAUGUGCCGCAGGCGGUAGAAAUUUUAUCCGACAUUUUGCAAAACUCGAGAUUGGAUCUGGGAGCUAUUGAGCGUGAACGUGAUGUGAUUUUACGUGAACAGGAAGAAGUAGAGAAACAAAUGGAGGAAGUGGUCUUUGACCAUCUUCACGCUACGGCCUUCCAGAACGAAUCGCUCGGAUUAACGAUUUUGGGACCCAAGGAAAAUAUCCAGUCCCUCACCAGAGACGACCUGUCCAACUACAUCAAAACAAACUACACCGGCGAACGUAUGAUCCUUGUCGGCGCCGGUGGCGUGGACCAUGAUGCCUUAGUUCGCUUAGCAGAAGAUCAUUUUGGUCGCCUCCCUACCGUAUUGGAUGCCAGUACCAGCAAGAGUGCGAUGAAGAAGCCUGUUUUCACCGGGGCUCAGUUCACCUUGCGCGAUAAAACGCCACAAGCUCACAUCGCUGUUGCCGUCGAAGGUGCCAGCUGGACUUCUCCUGAUUAUUUCCCUUUGUUGGUGACUCAAUCCAUCAUUGGCUCUUGGGAUCGUUCCUUGGGCGCCACCGGUCAUGUAGAUUCUCGUUUAUCGGCCAUCAUGCACAACAACCAACUGGCUAAUUCUUUCAUGUCAUUCAACACAUCCUACAAAGAUACCGGUCUCUGGGGUAUUUACUUGGUGUCGGAAAACAAAGAUCGCAUCAACGAUCUUUUGCAAUCGACCAAACGAGAAUGGGCAAGACUUUCUUCAUCUGUGACCGAAAAUGAAGUCGAACGUGCUAAACAGCAGCUCAAGGCAGGCCUUUUGUUGGGAUUGGACGGAAGCACGCCUAUUGCUGAAGAUAUUGGACGACAACUUUUGACUUCGGGUGCUCGUAUGUCGCCAAAGGAAGUGGAAGAAGCCGUUUCAAGUGUGUCCGUCAACGACGUGUGUCGCGUCGCUAGCGAAUAUCUUAGCAAGAAUGCAGCCGUGGUUGGCAUCGGUGCUAUUGAUGAGCUUCCCGAUUUCAACCGUAUCCAAAUAUAAAUUGUACUGAUAUCCAUGAUCCUUUGAAAAUCUUUAGAAUAAAUAAUGUGGGUUUUUUUUUUGUUUGAUGUACAGUUUGUGGAAACAGGAUACAAUAACGCGGUGUGGGUAUACAUAAUUUGUGACAUUUGGUGAUUUCCCAUAUUGGGG